AUGGUGGAGCCCAAACCAGAGCUAAAAAGAGCCUCAGAUCUCCAUGGCGUUAGGAUCAACUCCUCUGAUGGUUUGGUGCUGUACGCAGCUGGUGGGCAGCGCAGUGUGGCUGUGAUGUCACUCAGCGUGUCAGACGGCCACCUGUUGCUUUUGUUGGAUGGCGGAAAGAGGAAGGUCAGCAUGCGGAGCUGCAAGAAGUACAACGACAACCAGUGGCACACGGUGUUUAUAAAACGCGAAGGCGAGAAGAUCAGCCUUAUAGUGGACGGUAUCAGUGCUCAGUCUAAGAGAAUCCCUGGAGGAGACCGGACUCGUCUUGCUGGGCCUUUAUAUGUUGGAGGAGUUCCGGCCUCACUGGCGGCUCCAGGCUCUGGUGGCUUCGUCGGUUGUGUCAGGGACCUGACGCUAAACGAAGCCCUUGCAAAAAGUCCCGCUCAUAGUCAGGGGACGGUGCCCUGCUUCCAGAGUCCUCUCCAGCCCGGAGCGUAUUUCUCUGGCCAGGGAGGACACAUGGCAAUAGAUGAGUCCUUGGUUCUAGGUCGGGAUCUGGAAAUCCAGUUGGAGUUUCGGCCGUUGGACUCUGGGCUGCUGUUGCAUGCUGGGACGUCACCUGACCAACGCCUGAGUUUGGUUCUCAGACAGGGACAGGUGACUGUUUCAUUAAACAGCGGCAAAGGUGAAUUCUCUACCUCCUUUACUCCUGAGGAACCUCUAUGUAAUGGACGCUGGCACACAAUCACAAUGGUGAAGAAGAACAAUGUCCUGCAGCUGCAUGUUGAUGCAGCCAGUGAGCACAGCGUCGGCCCCAAACAGAGCCGCUCUGCAGGGUCCAAAGAGACCGUUUACCUUGGAGGGGUACCUGAUGGCGUCACAGUUCAUGGUCUGCCUGCAGGCCUGCCAGACUUCCACGGCUGCAUCCGCCAAGCGACGAUCAACCGCAGACCUGCCAUGCUGUCCAAACCCCUCGCUGUGUAUGGAGCCGUGGGGACGCAGGGCUGCCCACACAUGUAAACCCAAUACAGUCUUAUCUUCACAUUCCCCAACUGCAAAUUACUGGUGAUGGGUGUCAUGUUACUGUAGCUAAUUUAAAAUAUAUAUUAAUAUUUAUUUUCUAUUUUCAGAAAAAUUUAUUUUAUAUUUUACAGUUUGUUGUUGCAAUAUUACUGGUUUGUUAUUGUACUACAGGGUGCUAUAACAACUCCAUAUAGAUGCACUGAUACAAGUGACUGCUACAAGAUAUAAAAUAUCAACUCUAAAAUCUAAAGAUAAUUCUGAAAUGUGAAGUUUAUUGUCAAUGAAGGCAACACUGCUUGAAUUUUCUUGCUUUUGAAAGCAAAUGGUGAAAAGUAAAUGUCAAUCGUCCAAACACAUUUUCUGGAUCUGCAUUAUAUAUUAAAGUAAAUGAUGUAUACAGUUGUGUAUCGUGUAUCUCUAGCAGAGAAUGUUAAGAAUACCUACUGAGUCGGUACACUGUGAAAACUGAUGUAUGAGCAACGUCCUCAAGCAGUGCAGAUGGGCAAUGUCACCUGGGACUGGACAUUUGGGAAUAUCAGACUCUCAGUGAUGCAA